AGAUAAAUCAACAAAAAAAGAACAUCUUCACAAAUCACAACACACGUUCAUUUUUACAAACUCUCACCGUUUCAAGUUUCAGACUAUGUCUACCUCAUCGGAACUCUCGGAGGUUUCCGGCCAGAAACCGGCGAGGUCGCCGGAGAAGACAACUUUCUCUCAGACUUGUAGUUUACUGAGUCAAUACAUCAAGGAAAAAGGUAGCUUCAAAGAUCUUUCUCUCGGUAUGACAUGCAACAACACCGAACCAACUGGAUCUAUUGAUACUUCUUCACAAUUAGGAACAACUAUGAACUUGUUUCCAACCAUGGAAAACAACUUGGCACCAAAGAAUCUUACUACUAUGGAUUUGCUCUCUCCACAAGCUGCAAUUAACAACUCCAAUGCUAGUAAGGGACCUAAAGCUGCACAAUUGACAAUGUUUUACAACGGUCAAGUUGUUGUAUUCGACGAUUUCCCGGCUGAUAGAGCACAAGAGCUCAUGGCUUUUGCUAACAAAGGAAUCUCUCAAACUCAGAACAACAAUUCUUUGUACACUUACACGCCAAGCCAGCCUUCAUUUCCUCAGAAUUCGGUCAGAACUUCUGUUGAUCCCAUCGCUCCAAUUGUUCCAACUGUGAACAACAUCGUCCCUAGCACCUGCAACGGCUCGAUUCAUGAACACCCUCAAGUGCUUUCCAGACCUAAUGUUUGCGAUCUUCCAAUUAUGAGGAAAGCUUCUCUUCAUCGGUUCCUCGAGAAAAGAAAGGAUAGAGUUGCUUCCAAAUCACCAUAUCAGAGAACAAAUCCAAUGGAGAGUAUUAACAAGCCAGGUGAAAACAUGUCAUGGCUUAUGGGUGCAAAAUCAACUCAAAUCUGAAUGAAACUAUACUUUUAAUGUAAUUUUGAGCAUUUUUGCUUUUAAAGAAAGUGCUAUUUAGUCAGAUCUAUUUUUGCCAAAGCUUUUUUUGACAAAGUUUCUGGUUAUUUUUUCCUUGACUAGAUAGCAUUACUUAUAUUAUUUUUAUUAUUAUUAUUGUUUGAUACUUAUGGUUAAGAUAUAUAUGUUAUGGAAUUCUUUUUGGUA